CUAUUUCCUGUCGCUGGAUGAUGACGAAAUUUGCGACGCUCGACGAACAACAACAUCCCUUAAGCGUGUGACCACCACUGAGAGAAGUUGUCGGGUCGUGUUGUGUCGCUGCCGACAUGUCUCUGCUGAGGUUAAGCGCUUCAAACUGCAGACGUGUUGUGUCUCAGAGUCUCUCCGGGCCCUCGCUCUACACAGGAAGCCUCCGGGCAGCCAGCGGAGCGGUGAAGGACAAGGAGCCUCUGAAGAAGGCUCAAACCCCGCAGGGCCGGUUUGACAGCACAGAGGACAAGACUGGAAAUGUCCUGGAAAAGUUCCCUGAUGACGUGAACCCAGUAACCAAAGAGAAAGGAGGUCCUCGUGGUCCAGAGCCCACCCGCUACGGAGACUGGGAGAGGAAGGGCCGCUGUGUCGACUUCUAGUCUCCGACCCGUAAAUCUGACGCGGAGAUGUUCUGUAGAGUCUGACGCACUUUUCAAAACCACUGGUUGCUUCGCUGUGCAGUCAAAUGUCUGAGUUUCAGAUCCGAAGGUGAGAAUGAGGCAAACAUACAAACCGGCCUCUAUUAAACGUACGUCAUGAGAAAGAAAACUAGGAGCAAAUCGGGUUUGACUUCAACUCUGUGUGUUUUCCAUUAACGUGGCUGUUAUGGUUUUAUGGGUCAUGAUAACUCGUCUCUGCUGUAGAGUUAAGGACUCCACCGACUGUGUGUAACAUAUGGUUUUCAGUUUGAUCAUUUAUUUGUGAUGAGAAGCUUUAUCUGCAAGCUUAAAAAAACUAGGAAUAAAAGGACAAGAAACACGA